CAACAACGGCAGCAUCAAUAUUUUUUAUCAUGGCGGACAAAAAUUUGUAGGAACAGUUUCAUCAUGUGGAAUUUGGCCUAUAACACAGUGAAGGCCAAAAUGUAGUGGUUUUGGACAUGAAAUCUAAAUCCAAGGAAAUUUUCCAAUUGAGAGAAUCGAAGUGAUGCUGAAAUCAUUCUAUUUCUCUAUUAUUACUGCUGGGAUCAAGACGGCAACAAACCAAAGAAUGAUAGAUUUGUAACGAAAGAUGAGACAGCGAAACUUUUGCUACUACUCCCUCUUCAUUAUAAUUGCUGUUCUUAUUUUUGUGAAUCUCUACUUCUUUAAAACAAGUGAGCUCAAGGCUCGACAGAAGGAAAAGUUUCCAUCCUCCAUUCUAUUCCAAAACCUACCAUCAGACUCCACUGGAUUAUACAGAACCUGGCAAAUAUUUAAGAAGAUUUUGCAAGAAAGUUCUAGCAUUGAUGUAACAAUAAUCUCACAAACAUCUGUACAGAAUUUGUUUAAUUUGCAACAUCUUGUAAAAUAUUGGGAUGGUCCAGUCUCUGUAAGUGUAUUUGCACCAGGUGAAGAAAUUUCUACUGCUAUAGAAGCUAUAUACUCACUGAGACAAUGUAAUUAUGCCAUCAAAAGAAAUUUGGACUUCUCUCUAGUUUUGGCAUUGUCCCACCCACCAAGACACAAUGAUUUAGCUGUUUAUUUGCAAAAGGUUGCUAACCAUCCAUAUGUGUGUCCAGUCAGGAUUUUGUCUAAAGAUUCUAGGGAACUGAUUAACUAUGGCAAUCUAAAUGUUCCUUACCCUGUAAAUUUGCUGCGGAAUGUUGCGAUUGCGAAUUCUGUUACGUCACAUAUUCUAGUGAUUGACAUUGACAUGGUACCAUCUGCCAAUCUUAGACAACAUUUCCAACGGACAUAUCCCAUGAUUCAAAGGGAAAACGGAGUUUAUGUUUUGCCUACAUUCGAACUCAGGGAAGGAAUUGCUGACCCAGAAACAAAAGAUCAGCUAAUCAGAUUAUGGGAUCUUGGUGAAGCAAGGCCGUUUUACGAGCAAGUGUGCUGGAAAUGCCAAAAACACACUGAUUACAAUAGAUGGAAAAAAUCAUCAUCUGCGGCGUUAUCUGUGAGUUACAGAAUUGAAUGGAAAGAUCCUUGGGAGCCGUUUUUCAUUGCUGAUAGAAAUACGGCGGUGUACGAUGAAAGAUUCAAGCAAUAUGGUUUCAAUCGAAUAAGUCAAGUCUGUGAAAUGCACAUCUCUGGCUAUGACUUCUACGUUCUUGAUAAUGCCUUCCUAAUACACCAUGGUUUCAAGGAGAAGACUCUUUUUCACAAGUCAAAGGAUGAUGAGAAUGCCAUGAACAGGGACCACUUCAGAGUAUUCAAACAUGAACUCAAAGUGAAAUACCCUGAAUCGAAAAGGCAAUGCUGAUUAUUCUUAAAGAGUUUAAUGCUUGAUAAGCAAAUGGGCAAUUAUUGGUGAAACAAACGGAGCAGCUAAGCUAAGAAUUUCUUGCUUAAACAAAAGAUUUUGCUGUUGAUUUUUCCCUUCUUUUCUCUUAUUGACCAACCAACCCCCCCCCCACACUCCUUAAGCCAUCC